AUGAUUAAAGAGAUCCUCAGUGACACAUUGAACAUAAUUUUUAAAAGAGGAAGGAACUUACAGAACAUUUUGGAACAAAAGAACAUUGAAUUUGUUCAUGAGAGGGGUAAAGGUACCAUGCAGUGGCAACAGCCUUACACCGAUGUGGAGACAGAAACCAUCAAAGAAGCUGUAAUCUUAAACUAUGCCAUGCUUUCUGGCCAUAGCCAGCAAAAUCUGCAGAAGCGGACUGCCCUGUCAGAUGAGAUCGUCCACAGACUUAGCCAUGCAUCAGGAAUUUCUAUUUUAAGUGAUAAACAUCAGUUCCCAUCUUUUCUGAGGACAGUUGCAAGUGUUGCCCAACAACCCAAAGGCCUUGCUCAGCUUCUCAUGCAUUACCAUUGGGAGUGGGUGGGGCUUCUGGCAACAGGAAAUGACUAUGGAUUAGAAGGAAGUCAGCAGCUCAAGGAAGAAUUAAUGAAAUCUGGAUUUUGUGUUGCAUUUUAUGAAAUGAUUCCCUUACAAUUAACAACAUCUAAAAUCACAUCACUUGUGAAUACAAUAAAGGGAUCUUCUGCUACAGUAAUAGUGCUUUAUGCUUUCCAGGAACAAGUAAUUCCACUGAUGGAGGAAAUUAUUCAACAAAACAUCAGUGGUAAGAUUUGGAUUGCAACUGCUAGCUGGGUCUUUUCUGCAGCAUUUACAGUGAAAACCAUUUGGAAAGCACUUCAUGGAACUAUUGGACUUGCGGCUGUAAGUAAUAACAUUCCUGGUUUUAAGGACUUUCUUUACAUGAUUCAUCCUGAUAAAUUUCCCAAUGAUAUACUCAUGACAACAUUCUGGGAAACAGUAUUUCAUUGCAAGUGGACAGAUAAUAAAACUGCUCAUUCAGUGAAUGUGGGAAUUAUUGAUAACCUCAGGUACUGCACUGGUCAAGAGAAACUGCACACCCUGGAGCAAAGUAUAUAUCCAGUUUCAGAUUUCAGAUUCCCAUACAAUAUGUAUAAUGCAAUUUAUGCAGUAGCACAUGCAUUACAAACUUUGCUGGGAUGCAGGUAUGAGGAAGGAGUAAUAUUUAAUACAACUUGUGCAGAUGUCCACACUUUUAAGCCACAGCAAGUUCUGUACCACCUAAGGAAAGUACGCUUCAAAGAUGUCGAUGGAGAAGACUUAUUUUUUGAUGGCAAUGGUGAUGUAAUAUUCCAGUCAAAUAUUAUUAACUGGCAGUUAACAGCAAAUAGUUCCAUGAAAGUUGUAACUGUGGGACAGUAUAAACCAUAUUCUCAGCUGGGACUUCAUUUCUAUGUUAAUAAUAAUGCUGUCUUGUGGAGUGGAGGCCAGACUGAGAUACCAAACUCUGUGUGUAGUGAAGCUUGCCAUCCUGGAUAUAGAAAACUAGUGCGACAAGGACAGCCAGCAUGUUGCUUUGAUUGUAUCCCUUGUUCAGAUGGUGAAAUUUCCAAUGCAUCUGGUAAUUGCAUAAAAUGCCCAGAGGAUUACUGGUCAAAUGCAGAGAAAGAUUUCUGCAUUGCAAAAUACAUUGAGUUCCUCUCCUAUGAAGACCCCUUGGGUACAUCAUUAGGUGCUAUUGCUGUUGUCUUGUCAUUGAUGCCUGUGGGGGUUCUUUGCAUCUUCAUCAAACAUCAUGAUACACCAGUUGUCAAAGCAAAUAACCGGGAAGUCAGCUACUUUCUACUUAUAAGUAACCUGUUUUGUUUACUGACUGCUUUAAUAUUUAUUGGUCCUCCAAUGAAUGAAACGUGUGUCUUCAGACAACCUGCUUUUGGCAUAUUAUUUUCCAUUUGUGUCUCUGCAGUACUGGCCAAGACUAUCACUGUAGUCAUUGCAUUUAAUGCAACAAAACCAGGAAGCCGAAUGAAAAACUUGGUUGGGUCAAAGAUAUCAUUUUUUAUAAUAUUCUCUUGCUUUGUAUUCCAGUUUAUUAUAUGCAUUGUGUGGAUAUCUGUUUCUCCACCCUUCUCAGAGACUGACAAAAAGCUUCCAGAGAAAAGUGUGAUUCAGUGUAAUGAGGGUUCGGUAUUUAUGUUCUACAGCAUGCUGGGAUAUUUAGGUAUAUUAGCAACUAUAAGCCUCAUAAUAGCUUUUCUUGCUAGAAACCUACCUGAUAGCUUCAAUGAGACCAGAUUUAUCACAUUUAGCAUGGUUGUUUUUGUAAGUGUUUGGCUAACAUUCAUUCCAGCUUAUAUCAGCACAAAGGGGAAAUACAUGGUAGCUGCUGAGAUUUUUGCAAUUCUCUCAUCUAGCACAGGAUUACUAUUCUGUAUUUUUUUACCAAAGUGCUAUAUUGUUCUACUGAGACCAGAUAUGAACACAAGAGGAUACAUCAUGAGGCAACAAAACUGUGUAAUUGAAAUAUAAUACAGAUAUGAAAAAUAUGGGCAAAAACAUGUUGA